UUCAAGUGAUCAAAAACCAUGGAUUGGUUCUCCUGGCUUUCAAAAACAGGCCUAGAACCAUCCCUAGUGUAUGAGUAUGGCCUUGCUUUUGCUCACAAUGAGCUUGAAGAAGAAGACAUGAUUUACUUCAACCAUGAGUUUCUCCAGAGCAUGGGAAUCUCCAUAGCAAAGCACAGGCUAGAAAUUCUCAAGCUUGCAAGGAAAGAGAAGGGAAAGAGGCCACGUCCAGUGGCAAGGCUCGUGAUGGCUAUUAAGAGGACAAAGAGGUGCUUAUCUAAUUACAUUCGAACAUUGACUCGUUGUGAAGAAUCAACAGCACUUGUUGUGGUUCCAACAAGGCCUGGUAGUGGUUAUGGGACAAGAUGGAAGAGUGCUGUGAUGAAGAGGAACAAAAAGUUGAUGGUGGCUAAGCAAGAGAGGCUCUUGCUCACAAAUGGAAGUCCUACAAUAGUGCCUUGUCUUGAUGGUUUUUCUAGUCCUAUGGUGUAUCAUUUUCAGAAGGAGGAAAAGAUGGAAGAAGAUGAUGAUGGCUACUGGUCAUCUGCUGUUGAAGAUAUCAGGUGGGAUACCAUGUUUCAGGAUCUAAAGCCAAACUAAAACUUUUCCUUUUUUUUUUUUUUUUUUUUUAAUCUUAACUUUAUCUCUAGGGGUUAAUUCUAUCUAUCCCUGGUUUUAAGUUAAUUGGUGAGAGAUGGGAUUUUUUUGGUUCUUCCACCAGAGAGAUUUGAAUGUGUUUUCUCAGACUUUUGUUGGUCUUUUCUUUUUAGUGGUGUGGGGUCAUGCAGAUAGGUACUUAACUUUAGCACCUGUCUGUUUCAGUAAUGAGAUUGUCUACUUUGCUUUUGUAUGUUGAUGUCUUUUAGCUUUGAUAGGGGAAAAGUUUGCAAUCAGAUUAGCGUAUUUUAUGGGGAGAGAAUGAUUGAGGUAGAUUUUUAGUUCUGUUAUGUUAGCAAUUGGGUCUCUGCUUGACUUGAGUUUUAUGCAUUGUUUGUACUGUCUUGUAGUUGAGAAUAUAUAUACACAUUAACAAAAGUAUAUUUUAUAUUUUAUAGUUGAUAUAAAACCUUGGGAUUUAUGUCUUUUAAUUAUUGAGUUGAGUGAACCUGCUUUUCUCACAAUCAGCAAAUAAAUAUUUUACUACAUCUUUUUAACUAUAAGAGCCUUGACCAACAUGUUAUUGUAUGAACACUGCAACAUGCUGAAGAAGGGAAAAGAUGGAACUGCCCCACUCCCUAAACAUGCGACACAAGAUGAUGUCCAUUUAUUUACUCAAAGUGGUGAUUGUAG